AUGUGUGUUUGUAUUAUAUUUCCCUCCAUUGUGUGUUUGUAUGCGCGCAGAAAAGAGGAGCACGGAAUAGUACAAGCUACGGCGAAAGCGAGAAGAGGCUAUAUAUUAACACAAAUAGGUGUACAUCGCAACAUAGACGUAGCAGCGCCGCGCGGCGCUAUAUAAUUGCAUAAGUAAAUAUGCAGCACAACAAAAGUGUGCAGGCCACUUUGUGCGUGUAGUAGUUAGUGCGACAAAGAGAGAAGGGAGAAAAUUCGCGCGCGGAGCAUGCAGACUUAACCUCCUCGUCCGCUGUGUGGGUAUAGAGUUGUGAUAGGCGACGACAAUCGAACUGCUGCGGUAUAGUGCAGUGUUGGCCCCCAGCGGCGCGUGAUUCCAGAGAGAUGACGGAUAUCGGAGCCUCUGCGGCUGUGUUUACAAACAGCGCCGGCGGAGACCUGCUGCAGCAGGCCUUUCAGCAGGUCGUCGAUGAGGAGGAUCAGGACGGUGCGGCGGGUGACUUUGUCGCUUUUCUUCACAGCGAUGCUGCUGGCGAGUCCCAGGUGAUACAGCUCACGGCAGAGCAGGCCGCGGCCUUGGGCAUAACCUUCAAAGUCGACGAUGAGCCUCUGCAGCAGUUGCCUGCCGAGACGACACCUGGCUUUCAGGAGUUCGAACAGCCACAAGAACAGCAGCAGGUACUCAGCCAGAAGGAGUCGCAGAGGAUCAUCAACGAGUUGACCCAGAGCGGACUGCUCAAGCACAGCGAUGCUGCUGAUCAGAGCAGCUUCUGCGACUGGACUGUGCAGCAGUCAAACGGUGACUGCGAAAGUUAUCAGCAAGAUGUGAUGGAUUCCAAUAUAACAUUAGAAACAAUGAAACUAGAUGGCCUACAGCAGGAGCAGAGAAGUGAUGUUACGGAGCAUUCUAAUCAGAGUAAUGGACUGAUACAGGAGCAGGAGGUUCCAAAGAGUGUGGAGGCACAGUGCAAUGAAAAUUUGUUAGAGAACAGGAUACAAUUCAGCAUAGCUUCUAACAACGAGCAAACUGACAGUAUCACGGAAUCCCAGGCACAAAUAUUACAAAGAUAUCCUGUGAUACUGCCUUCGUCUCAGUUUAUUAUCAAGCCAGCACAAACCGUUCUCACACCUGUAAAAAACAUCAGGAUAUUGCCCAAUACAAGUAAAAUAACGACCACAGCACAAACUUCACAGAAUUCUUUACUCCUGCCAAAAGCAACGCUGUUGAAUACUGUAUCGCCACGAUUACUUAAGGCUAUGCCCAUGGGGACCCAGUUCUUAAGCACAGCAAACAAUAUACCUACACAGAUAUUGAACACGUCUAGAAUGUUUGCCAAAACUAGCGAUAGCAGUAGUACUCAGGUGGCCAAUGAACCGCUUUGUAGAUCGACAAAAAUUAAUACUGUGCCCACACAGCUGACACAGAAUUUGAUUCGUCAAUCACCUGCACAAAAGCCUGUGCAGACACAAAUCCAAAAGGGAAAUUUACAACAAUUUUUCACACCUGUUUUGAAAACAUCAAAUGUACAUACAGCAGGGAAAAACGCUUCUCUGCUGAAUAACAAUGCUUCAAAACUGAAUACUUCAACACUUAGCUACAAGACUGUACAGUAUCCCUCGCAAAUGUUAAAAACCACUCAUGUCAAAAGUCCAGUAGCGUCGCUUUCCACAUCAAAAAAUAAAAAUGCAAAUACACCAGUGAUAUUUAGAACAACUCCGGUAAUGAAGAGUGAUGAUCACAAGCCAACUUCCAUGUCGACUCCGAUAAUGAGGACGCAAACUUCCAAUACCCCAGUUUCAAUUUUAAAACCCCAAGCUAAGGCUGUAAGCAGUAAUUUUAUUAAGCAAAGCUUACCAACUACAUUUGUGGCGCAUAAAAGUCCUCAAACAAAGCCCAUUGAACUGUCAGAAUCAUUAGGUUUAAAAACUCUGGCUGCCGCAAAGUUAAAACAAAGCAUGAAUUCUUUUAUAAAAAACAUAAAGAAGAAAACUGUACCUACAAGUAUUCCUGCUAAGCAGGAAUCAACUGAUGCCAAUAAGCCUCUAGGUUCCAGUGAAAAUCCUAUACAAAUUGUUCAACAGGGCACAACAUUUCACAGUAUGCAACAUUUAACUCAAGCUCAAUUAAAGCAAAUAGCUCAGGUUUUGCAUCAAAGGAGCCAGGAUUCUACAAAUCCCAACGAAAAAGUUGUAUAUAGACUAGUUUUUCCGGACGAAGCUGAUCUGAAGAUGAAAAGUCCGACAUCGUUGCUGAAAAAUCGAAAUGGUAAGCGCGGAAGACCUAAAAAGAGCGCAAUCAAGCCACCUACUGCUCCUGCCAAACCCGUACCGGAAGAGGAACCAGAAGAUUCAAAAAUUUCGCAUUUUCAGGAUGACCGUAAGAAAGUAGUGGCACGCACGAGGUCAGGCCGACUGUCGCGUCCGCCUCGACACAUGGUGCGUGACUACAAGCACUUGCAUCAUUUGGACUUUAUGCAACCAGACCUCGACGACUCGGAUGGUGGAUACAGCGACUACAAUACUAACGGAGGUAGUAACAACGCAGGAGGUAUUACGAAUGGUACUGGUAAAGCCGAACUCGAGGACGGCACUGGCCAUAGGACUGAACUACUUGCCGGCCUCGAGAUGCCCAAGCGCAAGAUCUCCGAUCACUUCAGGUGUCCCACUUGCAGCAAGAUCUAUCUGGGCAGAACGCGAAUGGCCAGGCAUUUCGAGAUGCAUCCUGAUCACGGAAGCAUUGACCUCUUGCCACCGCCCACAGUUGAUCCGGAUCCCAACAAGACGCCGCUUCAAGAUCCACUGAAACGGAAGGGUAAAAAGCGCGGUCCGUGGGCUUACGUCACUCCUGAAGCAAAGUCUGAGCGUCGCCAGCUCAAACUCCGUGAAGCCAUUUCCGUAUGCGAGAACACGGAGAUAGCAAAGAUAGCCGGAAAACCAGUAGCCAAUGCACUCUCGUUGUUUGAUCUUCUACUCCUCAAGUCUGGCAACAACGUGCGCACUUUUCUUUCGGAGAUAAAGGAGUUGGUCGAACGAAUACGCGAGAAAACCAGCACGAUGCUCUCUAUUGCUAAUAACGAGGACAAACUCAAUGAAAAUGUUGUUGAUCUCAACGGUGAACUGCUUUGUGACGUGCUAGCGUUGAACUCGGGAUUUUACAGGGUUAAUGAAGCUGUUUGCUCAGAGGAACCUGAAACGGAGGAAAGAAAUCCCAGUGAAACUUUUGAAAUUGAAGGAGAAAUCCCGCCGCCGAAGAAACAGAAGACCGACGGUGUGUUAGAAGAAGGUAAAGAAAAUAUCGAAGAAAGAUUAUCCAGUGGUUUCUCUGAAAGUUCAGAUCUGAGCGUAUCAGAUUUCCUUAAUGAGAGAAGAAACGAUUCUAUAGUAACCUCAGCAAACUGCCCGGAAGUCCUCAGUGCGUUAACAUUAAUACCGAAAAAUAAUUCCGCUUUUUCAACGAACGAAGUUUCGACCAAAGUCAACAACGUCUCAAAGGGGUUAAACUCUGGCGCCGAGAUUCAAACCACUGACAAUCCUGGUUUCCAGAAACUGAGCAUCAACGUCUCGGCAAAGUCAAGUCCUGGGUUCAUGAAAGAGGCUACAUUUACAAAAUUGGGCGAGAAUCUGGACUCCAGCUGCAAUGAUGUAUUUACGAAAUUUAACGGAAAUUACGAUCAGAACAAGCUGGAAAACUUGGAAAGGACGUUUAUAAAAUUAGAACCGACUGAGGAAGGAUUCAUUAAGUUAGAAAAUGGCAUGCUUGGAGCAUUUCAUCAAGAAAUCGAAGAUUUUGGAAAAAUACAGAAUAACGGGUUUCAUUACGUAUCAAGUGGAGCAUCAGAUGGUUUUAGAAAAUUAGUACCUAAAACACCGACAAGUUCGGUAACGGUUCCUAAUGACGACAACAUAAAAAUUGACGACGAAAAUAAUGACCACGAAAUCGACGAUAAUUCAGUUCAAAUAACGACAAGCAGCUGCAGUAGUAAUAAUCCAGAAUCAAGUAUUUUUGAAGCUUCGGAUAACUUGGACAUUUCAAAGAUGACGAAUUAUGAUCAUAUCACACACUUGGAUAUUUUAAACAGUAGUGGCGCAAUAGAUAAGAAUCUCUUAAUUGACGAGAAACUCGUAGAGCAUUUGCACCUCGUGGAUAAUUCUAAUAUUGUAGAUGAGUUAGUAUCAGAACGACUGAAAAGUAUGAUGCCAGAAAAUCUGCUGGAAAGUAAUUUACUUCAUAGCAAUGAUAAUUUAGAUACGGAACUCGAUUUUGACGAACUAAGCGAAGAAUUCAAUAGAAACACUAGGAGUUGAUAAGAAGAUUUCAAUCUUUUUUUCCCGCAGAGAGGUAAAGUUACUGAAAAAUGUUGUAUUUUGAAGAUUAAAUUUUACUAAAUCGUUAAUUUUUUUUUGUAAGGUAACCCUUGCAAUAAUUAAUUGUUUCUUUUUUGUUUUGUUUUUUUUAACAAUGGAAUCAUCACUAUUUUCUUAAAAUGUAAGCUUACUGUAUAUCAUAUUUGUUAGAUAAACUCGUCAUUGUUUAUCUAAGAAUUCUCAGAAUCAUAUUAAAGAGAUACAUUUAUUACGAAUUUUCCUACUUUCUUGUAUGCUAUUUUUUCAUGCAUAUUUAACUUUAAAUACAGGGAAAAAACCAAAAUUAUUAUAAAUUUUGCCUUAAAUCAAACUUUAUGAUAUGAACGGUAUUUGUCAAAAUCACUAACUUUACCUUCUUACCGACUAUUUUGCAUGAAAUGUACAGUGUAUAAAGAAAAUUCAUAUUUUAUUACAAAAUUGUACAAGUAAAAAGUUAUUUUUAUCGAAUAUUUAAUCCUGUUUUACACAUAUUGUAUUUAAAUAACGUGUAUAAGCCCACAUGACUGAGAUUCGUGCUCCCUAGAGCAGUUAUAUUUUAAUGUAAAUUGACGAAUCUAAAAUUCUUAUAUGUUAGGAAAUAGUUUUGCGUAUGCAUGUACAAAAACAUUCUGGUAUACUUUAAUAAUAAUUGAAGCCUAAGAAUGUAAGGUUGAUAAAUCAUCUCUUUAUUAAGAGACGCACUCUAGUCUGCAUUGAAGAUUUCUGAAUACUAAGAUGAAUUUUUGUAAAUUAAAACUGAAACUUGUAUUUCAUAGCUUACGAAAAUCAAUUUUUGAAAUACAAGAUGCGGGACAAGAGUCACAUUUAUAAUUUAUUAAUGUAUAUAUGAAACUAGUGUACAUUUGAGAGUGUGAGAUUUGAGAAAAGAUGAAGAAGAUAAUGGAAUGAAAUUACAAAUGUAAUUAAUGCAAUAAUUAGAGUUGACGAUUGUUCGAUGCAAUGUAAGCGAAAUAAAAUUUAGUGCAGCGAGAAGAAGAUUGUCUAUAUCAUCAUAGUGUUCUAUAUUAUAUAAAUAUUCUAUAUAAACUAUUGCGAUCGUGAACUAUGAAAAGCCGGUAAUUUAUAGAAAAAGACCCGAAUGAAUAUUGAUAUAACUUGCAGUGUAUAAUUAAAUACGUACAGUGUGAAUAACAAAAAUAAUAAUUAUUUUGCGUAUUAUGAUUUUCUUUCAUGAUACAUACGUACGUGAAUAUAAAAGUUGCAAAUGUGAUUAACAGAACUGUUAUGAUAUUUCAGCUCAAAAUUCUAAGUGGCAGCUGGUAUAAUAACGUUAAAUGAAAUUAAUGAAAUAUGUAAUAAGGUUUAUAUGAUAAAGAUUGUAUAAAAUCAAUUUCUAAUACAUCAAAAAAGCUUGAAUUUGUUUAAAUUAAUGUUUAAUAUUUAUGAUACUACAUAGGUGCUAAAAGUUUUAAAUCCUAAAAACUAGGCAGUAAUAUUUUGCAUACAUUAUUCUUUAUUCUUUUCUUUUUUUAGAUGAUCUCAAGAUUAUAACUAUAGCUUUGAAUCUAUAUUUUUCACAGAACUUGUCUAGUUUUUGAAUGGAAAUAAAUUAAAAUUAUGAAACAAUAA